AGAUUCAAGAAGAUAAUACAUGUCAAAAAUAGACCUCGUUCCACAUGUCUAACACAAUCUAAAUUUUAUGAACUAUUGUGAAUGUUAUUUUGAUGUAAUAAAUGAAAAUAAUAUGAGGAGAUUUCUUUUUGUUUCAAAAUGGCUGCAAGCGUGAGAGGAAUUCUUCCGGACGAUACAGCUGAAAUGGUUUCAGCUUGCAAAGUUCUUGUAGUUGGAGCUGGUGGAAUAGGCUGCGAAUUAUUGAAAAACUUAGUGCUUACUGGUUUCACAGAUAUCGUUGUCAUUGAUUUGGAUACUAUCGAUGUUAGCAACUUGAACAGACAGUUCCUAUUCCAGAAGAAACAUGUUGGCAAGUCCAAAGCUCAGGUUGCCAAGGAGAGCGCCCUCAAGUUCAAUCCGAAUGUGAGAAUUGAUGCAAAGCAUGACAGUAUUAUGAAUCCAGACUUCUCUGCUGCGUUUUUCAAGCAGUUUACACUUGUAAUGAAUGCUCUUGACAAUAGAGCUGCUCGUAACCAUGUGAACAGGAUGUGUUUAGCAGCUGAUGUGCCAUUGGUCGAGAGCGGAACUGCAGGUUACUUGGGCCAGGUUACGGUUAUCAAAAAAACAGUAACAGAGUGCUAUGAAUGUCAUCCUAAGCCUGUCCAGAAGACCUUCCCAGGUUGCACCAUCAGGAACACGCCUUCCGAACCUGUUCACUGCAUAGUGUGGGCCAAACAUCUGUUUAACCAGUUAUUUGGGGAAGAAGAUCCAGACCAAGAUGUCUCCCCAGAUACCGCUGACCCGGAAGCAGCAGGGGAUGCUGGGAAGGCUGCACUGGAGGGAAAGUCCAAUGAUAGUAAUUCAGUCGGUGGCAUUGCCAGGGUGUCUACAAGAGCAUGGGCAGAAUCAACGGAUUACAACUCUGAAAAACUUUUCCGAAAGCUUUUUCAUGAUGAUAUAAAGUAUUUACUAUCUAUGGACAAACUUUGGAAGAAGAGGAAGCCACCAACACCAUUGAACUGGGACCAAUUGCCCCCAGAAGAACCUAGUAGCACAACUAACUCCAAUGGUGCCAUUAAGGACCAACGAGUGUGGGAUGUAAGGGAAUGUGUGGAUAAAUUUACAGACAGUCUUGCCAACCUCAAGCAGCAGUACAAAGAUCAAGGAGAGCUGACGUGGGAUAAGGAUAAUCCCGCUGCCAUGGAUUUUGUAACGGCUGCUGCUAACAUCCGAUGUCAGAUUUUUGGAAUAGCUAGGAAGAGUCGGUUCAAAAUCAAAUCAAUGGCUGGUAAUAUUAUACCUGCGAUUGCUACAACGAAUGCCGUCAUUGCUGGUAUUAUGGUAAUGGAAGCACUCAAGAUACUCUCAGGGCAUUUAGACAAAUGUAAAACGGUGUACUUAAAUAAGAUACCCAAUGCCAGGAAGAAGUUCCUAGUGCCAUGUAAUAUUGAGAAACCAAAUCCAAAGUGCUAUGUUUGCUCCUCUAAACCUGAGGUCACAGUUCAACUAAACUGUGCAACAUUUACAAUUAAGAUGUUUGAAGAAAAGGUUCUGAAGUCUUACCUUGGAAUGGUGGCUCCAGAUGUUGAAGUUGAAGAUGGAAAGGGAACCAUCUUGAUAUCCAGUGAAGAGGGAGAGACAGAGGACAACAAUGAUAAGUUUUUGAGUGAUUUUUCCAUUAAGCACUCCAGCAGACUAAAGGCAGAUGAUUUCCUACAGAACUACACACUUGUUAUAAAUAUUGAACAAUGUGACUCCUUUGAGGAGGAAGUAGACUUUAAGGUCGUAGGUGAAAAACCUAGGCCCAUCAGUGAGAAAGAAAGUGUUAGCAGUAGUGUAGAUGAGAAAGGAGAAGGAAGCUCUCAGUCCAGUGGUAAUAAAACUUCACAUCCUGAGCCAAGCAUGAUAGUGGAUGAUGAGGAUGACAUUAUGGUGAUUGAUGUUGACCAAGAGGCGCAGCCUAGUGUUUCCAAGAAGAGGAAGCACUCCGAUGACAUUGAUGUAAUCGCAUCUAAGAAAUCAAAAGUGACCUCACAGACAAGUAAUGGUGACGAUGAUACGCUAAUCAUUGACCCUUAAUACCACUCACCUGAGGCAUUGUUUCUUGUACAAAUCCUGUUGUAUUUUGAACAAAAUAUUUUAUACUCUCUGAAUGGAGAUUACUGUACUUCAGUAAGCACAAUGCUCAAAGUUACGCCUCAGUGCACAUGGUUUUCCUGCCGUUGUGAUGAAUAUAAAGCAUUUAUCAAUCCGAUUCCUCAGAACUACACUCCAUGUUUUAUUUUUUUACCUUGCACACACUUUUUUACCUUGCACACACUUUUUUUUUAUUGUCAAUAAAUUUCCCUCUUUACUUUUAUCGUAUGAUCAGGGAGGUAUGAAAAUAGGAGAGAGCUCGAAAUGAUAAUCUAAAAACCAUCUGUCCAUUAGUCCUUAUAAGGCAAGGAGAGCGAAGAUGUUGUUGUCUUUGAACAAGCUUGGCAUGUUUGCUUAAGAUCGACAGAACCCAUAAUCACCGCCAUCUUAGCAGCCCUCUAUACUAUUGGGCUUGUUUAAUGCAUAGUAUUACAGUAGUAAGAUAAAACACCAAUAUCAAGUUGCACAGUAAACGAGUAUUUUAUUGUGCAACAAUCAUAUUCUAAAAGAGCGCCAAAUUUUGAGACGACUCCAACAAGGUCAUCCUUUGUACAGGCUUCCAGAGCAUCAUCAAAAGAGAUGGAAGUAGGAAGUCAAUACUGGAUAUUCAUAUACUUCUGGGUUUCUAUUUUGCGUUUUUCAGGAAAAUUGAGAUUAUUCAGGUGGAUAUUUUCUGCAUGAUUGUAAAGUAAUAUACAAUUAGAUAACAUUAAUGUUAACAAUAUUGUUCUAUCUUUAAACAUAUGGUUUGAAAUUAUAUAUAAUCUGUCCAUCAGCAACUUCUGUUAAGGCCCCUCAUGUUGGUUGCCUGGGCAAUUUAGUGCAGGGAGGACAGGGUUUGUAAAGAAUAUUAUAUACAUGUAGGUAAAUUUAGGAAAAACUCCGAAUGCCUUGCAAUUAUGUAAAAAAUUAAAAUCCAAUUCGGCUUUGUUCAAAUGAAGAGUAAUCUUUUCAUAUUUUCUUAAUAAAGAAACUGGUAAUCUUCUUGAAAUGAAAUCCUUGAUAAUAGAACCAAAUGUUGUGUUAUUUUUAAAAUGCAUUGUAUUUUUUGUCAACUUACGUCCAUUUGUCUUCAGAUAAUCAGUGCUCUUCCCUUGGUUUUCCCUGCCGGGGUAUUUUUUACAUGACACACAGCAGGCGAGUGGAGUGAAAAGCGCUGUGGGGUUAAUUCACCCUGUUGCGGCCGCCAGUAGAGUGGUGUUUCUUUGUAAGCUACAAGAUAAAUCAUACAUUAUAGCCUGCAUGAAAAAAAAGUUUGUUUUACAUAUUAACAAGUUUGUAUAGCUACAUCCCUGAUGUAUAGUAUGUACUACAUUACUGUAUUGCGAUUGUUGUUUUGAAUUUAUUUCAAGCACAUGUUAGAGUUGUGGCUCCAAUCCAAUGAAAUUCCAGCCCAGGCUUAGCCCAAUUUAGCGUAUCGGGAGCGUAAAUAAUUAUAUAGGAAUUUCAAACAACCCCGAUUUUACGUAUGAAUGAUAUUUAAGAAUGCCUCUUGAACCAUCCUGUAUGUUUUCACUGUAUUUUUGUGUACUGAUAACAUAUCUUUUUAAUAAUAGGGGAGUAUUGAAUAUUCGUUCUUAAGUGAAUUUGACAUGAGAUUGAUACUGUAAGUAACCACUUAGGUUAGAUGUUUUGAGCUCUCUCCUCUUAUUUUUAUACAUCUCUGGUCUGACCGUAGAUCUGAUUAGGUAGCACCAACUCAAGACAGGCGGAUACUAAGUAGCCUGUACCUUGAGUAGAGGUUCUGAAAGUGACUUAAAGUGAAGUAAUAUACAAUAAAACAUUUUGAUGUCCAUGUCGAGGGUGCUUGCUGGUAAGCCACUUAUAUUUUUUCUACCUCACUUGAUCCCAUCUAAGUUCAUUUUUUUCCCAUCACUCAAGUAUAAAAUCACAUUCGCAGCUUCCUUAAGAAGCUCUGACUACAUUAUGUAUUAUAUAAAAUCUUACAAAGGGAAUAGUAUAUAUUGGUGAAGUUAUGAGAACACGUUUAGUAAAUGAAUGAAGGUGAUGUUUGUUAGCAUUUGGGGCAAUGCACAUGCGCCACUGAAAAAUUUCGGUAGCAGUGGUGGUGCAGCAGGGAGGGGUGUGGCUUAAGUUUUCUAUGAGACAAGCCAAGAUAUCUGUCACGAUUUGAGCAUAAUAAGGUGGAAAAAUCCUCAAUUUAGGCCAUAAAUUUUGCCAAAAAGGCUCAGAGCAACUUUAAAUGGCCCAUAAUUACCCAGAUUUGUCUAGGCUUUAGGAGCUGGGAAGGGGGGGGGGGUGUGUGUGUGUGUGUUACUCUCUGGGUUCCCAACAGGGCUUUGCCCGGAAGUCAGCCUGUCUGGGUGUUUUUAGCAGGAAAACUCAUCUGGGUGUUUGAGGAGGACUUUUGCCGAAAGUCCUCUUCCACCCAGAUGAAUUUUCCUGGUGUAUUGGGAAAUUGUCCUGAUAAUUCAUCUCAGACUUCAUAAAAACCAUGAGUUUGAAAUUGACUUAAUGAAGUGCUAUCACUGUGGGUGCUGUUAAUACUAAUGAAUAAAAUGAUGAUUAUUAUUAUUAUUAUUUUUAUUAUUAUAAGCUAAAUGAUUGGACAAACAUUUUUGAAAAAUUAAACAUAAUACUGUAAUUGGCGAUAUCUAAGUAAUACAAAAACUAAUGAAGGUUGUUUUGUUUGGCAUUUAAUGUUUUAGGCAUUUUGUUAGGGGUGUAUUUGUCAGUGGUAGUCGUUUGGGGGUUGGCUUCUUGCCAGGGCGAAGGUGUAUUCCGAGUUUAUUUGUCAAUGGUAUAUUUUUUUCAUUGAUAACUUGUUACAUUUUGUAUUGUACUUGUCAAUUUUCAUUAUAUUGUGAAUGCUUUUUUAAUAAAAUUAGACACAAUAUUUGUCUUGAUAAAUAAGAAAAAAA